AUGGUCUCAGCUCCGCAAAACGGCGUCACGGACUUCAUCAUCACUCUACUAAACUCUUCGACGACGCCACAUCAUCCCGUCACUGUCGGCAAGAUCGGCGUCUGGCGAGACAAUGAGGUUGGGUUCUUCUUGGCUCGCCAGUACUGGGGUAAAGGCAUCGCGCAGGAGGCGCUCAUUGCGCUGAUUCCGUACUUGUUUGGCGAGGUAGGAAUGAGCGAAAUCACGGCCGACACAGACCCAAGGAAUGAGGCGUGCGUUGGGUUGUUGAAAAAGGUCGGAUUUGUGGUGAAUGGGUUCAAGUAG